UAAGGUUGCCCGAUUUACAAAUCGUUGCGCAGAUAACAAAUUGGUUAUUUGCGCUGCGCGAUUUACCAAAUGCGCAGAUUGGCUAUAUGCGCAUAACAUCUCUCUUAACUCUGUGCACCUAUGUACACCUAGUCCAACUAAUUGUAUGCGAGUCGAGAUAUUGUGAUAAUUUUGCACAGGUCAAAAUCUCUCCUCCACAUACAACAUAGGAAGGACCUUUUCUGUGGUGAACCUUCCGUGAAGAUUCUACAUGGCGAUUUUUAAAUCGCAUUUUAACUAUUAAAAAAACAAAAAUAUGAGUGAAAUUUUAAGAUACCUGGAAAGAAUAUCCAUUUUUUCCUUCCAUUUAGUUGAAGUUUAUGUGAAUAAACGUCAAAACACGAGUUUGUCACUGUUUUAAACAACUCGCCCUAAAGUUUAUACACAUUUUACAUGGCUCCACUUUGUGUCACAUGUCCUGAUAACAGAAUACCAAGAGUGUAAUGGUGUACAUGUAUAUACAGCGAGGUAACCAAAUGAAAUAUAUAGUGUUUAUGCUUUAUUAACAUGUUUAAACCAUAAAAUGAUUCAGUUUUAUUUUGUAUUAUGAUUUCAUCGUUUAAUUAUAUUGGCAGAUCGUGUUUUUACCUAAAUCUAUUUUCACCACAGAAAAGGCCUUUACUGGUUUUGAUGUAAACAGAGGGAUUCUGCCUUAUCACGAAAAUAUCGCAGAAUCAGUUCUGACGUCAAAUUAUUUGGACUAUUAUGCACCCAACACGUCAGUAAUGUCUGGAUUUAUUCAGUUCUACCACUUCUGGCAGACUCAAAGGAACGUUUAAUUUAUUUUACCAUCAACCUUACAAACAUGGAAUAAACAGGUCCAAGAAAAGUCACCAACACUAGGCGUCUGGACAAUUGGUCCCCCCCACCCCAACUACUACGCGGCUGUGUAGCACUUUUUCCAUCAUCGUAUAAUCCGACGUAGACACUUAUCAUAUAACAGAGUCUGGAUCGAGGGAGGUAGCUGCCAUUAAGUGUGUUUUAAAGAGCAGUUUGAAUAAGGCAUCAACAGAAAAUCUGCUCACGGAGAUAGCUCUUCUCAAGAAACUUAAACAUGAAAAUAUUGUGGAACUAAAGGACUUUCAGUGGGAUGACACGUAUAUCUACCUCAUCAUGGAGUACUGUAGUGGUGGUGACCUCUCACGUUUUAUACGCAGCAAGAGAAUGCUCCCUGAACAUAUUGUGAGAAAGUUUUUACGUCAUAUUGUGUCAGCUAUGAAGUUUCUGAGGGACAAUAGUGUCGCACACAUGGAUCUCAAACCUCAAAACAUUCUGUGUUCAUCUUCAUCAGACCCAGUUCUCAAAAUAGCAGACUUUGGAUUUGCCAAACAUUUAUAUCAAGACGACACGCUACAUGCAUUGAGGGGCAGUCCCCUGUACAUGGCCCCAGAGAUUAUAUGCAGGGGGAAGUAUGAUGCAAGAGUAGACCUUUGGUCUAUAGGAGUUAUAUUGUAUGAAUGUUUAUUUGGUAGAGCUCCAUAUGCCUCAAAGUCAUUCAAGGAGUUGGAAGAGAAAAUCUGGGAUUCAAAGCCUGUAGAGUUGCCAUAUGGUGUUGAGGUGUCAGAUGAGUGUCGAGAUCUGCUGUUGAGUUUACUUAAAAGGAGACCAGAUGAUAGGAUUUCAUUUGAACAAUUCUUUGAACAUCCCUUCCUUGAUCUAGAGCAUGCUCCAUCAGAAAAAUGUCUGCCAAAAGCAACCAGUCUAGUCACAGAAGCCGUGGAGCUGGACUCCAAGGGAGAUUACCCUGCAGCUAUCAAACAUUACUGUGAGGCUGUGAGCUUUUUCCUGCCAGCAAUAAGAUAUGAAAAAGAUUCUAAGAAGCGAGAGGCACUGAGAAAAAAGGCUAAAGAAUACAUCAAUAGAGCAGAGGAAUUAAAGAGCCAAUUAAAACCUCACCGAGACCCUGGUAGUACACUCCAGAGAUCUACUUCAAAAAACAAUGAAGAAGAGCUUGUUGAUCUGUAUAAAGGAUGUGAUGAGAUGAUAGCAGCAGUUAAACUCUCCAAUGCAGCUGUUAUAGAGGAAGACCAGGAAGAUUAUGAGCUGGCAUUGAAACAUUACGAACUUGCUCUUGGAACUGCCAUACAAUAUCUUAAAUCUGAGCAGAAAGGUAGAAGAAAAGAUUUACUGAGAGAGUGUGCAGAUAAAUGGAUGUCUCACGCUGAGCGUAUAAAGUCGUACCUUGCAGUCAAAAAGUGUGGUAGUGUGGAGGAACAACAAGAAAAGGAGGAAGAAACAGAACAAAGUUUCCUGAGUACAGUACCAUGUCGUGUACAGUAGAAAUAAAGGAAAGAGAACUCUGCUAUGAAUUGUUCCAGGAAGUUAUGCACAGGGUAAAUUGAGAUUGGAUGAACUUUCACUCAGCGUAUGAGUUGUUUGCUUGUUCAAGUAAAUGUACUGUGAAAAGCCUGCAAGGACAGACAUCCAAACAUGUCUACUUGGACAAUAUGAAACACAAAACAUAGUAAGUCGGUGAAACCGGAAGCAUGAUAGAGUUGUAUUUAAAGGCUUGGUACCAUUCGCUGUUUGGCUGAUAUGUUUUGUGUAUUAGCUAAUGAUACACAUCCAAAAAUAUUCAGCAUUUUGUGUUUACUUGUUUGCAAAUGAAAGUCAUUGAUUGUCUGCAUUGGAUUUUUGUUUAGGGCUACUUUCUCACAAAAAUGAAAGGGCUGUACUGUUUAUUUUCAUAAGAGAAUUACAUUUGUCAAGAAACAUAACACUCACCUGCAUUUUGUCAGAAUAAUAGCCCUUUUUGUAUGAAAAAAUUGGAAUUUCUAGGUUAAAAUGUUUGUUAAUGCCAAAUAUUAAAUGCUUAUUAUUUCAUUACGCAUUUUUAGCUCACCUGAGCACUUCAUGCUCAAGGUGAGCUUUUGUGAUCACCCUGUGUCCAUCGUCAACAAAUUGACUGUUAACACUCUAGAGGUCACAAUUUUGACCCAAUCUUAAUGAAACUUGGUCAGAAUGUUACCUUCAAUAAAAUCUUGAACUAGUAUGAUAUUGGGUCAUCUUGGGUCAAAAACUAGGUCACCGGGUCAAAUCAAAGGAAAAGCUUGUUAACACACUAGAGGCCAUAUUUAAGACUGUAUCUUCAUGAAGCUUGGUCAGAAUGUUAAUCAUGAUGAUAUCAAAGUCCAGACUGAAUCUGGGUCAUCUAGGGUCAAAAACUAUGUCACCAGGUCAAAUCAAAGGAAAAGCUAGUGAACACUCUAGAGGCCACAUUUAUGAUCAUAUCUUAAUGAAACUUGGUCAGAAUAUUAAUCUUGAUGAUCUAUAGGUCAGAUUCAAAUCUGGGUCAGGUGGAGUUAAAAACUAGGUCACCAGGUCAAAUCAAAGGAAAAGCUUGUUAACAGUCUAGAGGCCACAUUUAUGACUGUAUCUUCAUGAAACUUAGUCAAAAUGUUAAUCUUGAUGAUCUUUAGGUUAAGUUCGAAUCUGGGUCAUGUGGGGUCAAAAACUAGGUCACCGGGUCAAAUCAAAGAAAAAGUUAAACACUAAAGGGCCGGAUCCAGAAAUUUUUGACAGGGGCAGAUCAGGUUGACUCCCCUUGGAAAUCUUUUAAAUACAUGCAUAAAAUGGUGGCCUCUGGUGCAUUUCUGGGUCUAAAUUUUGAGGGGCAUCUUUGAUGAGUACAAGUCUCUUCUCGGCCAACUGGGGGGAGCACGGGCCCCCUCGGCCGGGCCCUGGAACUGGGCCUGCACUUUAGAUGCCACAUUUAUGACCAUAUCUUAAUGAAACUAUCUUGAUGAUCUUUAGGUCAAUAGGUCAGGUGAGCGAUACAAGGCCUUCAUGGCCCUCUUGUUAUUAUUCCCGGUUUCAUAAUUCAUAAAAAUAUAUUAUUUUACCAAGGUUACGACCAUGCAGAUAUCACUGCAUACUUUAAUGUACAUGUAUUUGUAAAACUGUUUUGUGUUUUUCAUAAUUAAUAUAUUUAUAAAUUGUAUGUAAGUGUUGUAUGCAAGUGAUUUAUAUACGAUUGUUCAUUUUGGGGUUUUCAGCUCAUCAGAAGUCAGUAUGCUCAAGGUGAGCAAUUGUGAAUACUCUCUCUGCCCGUAGUUUGUUUACAUUUUUACAAAACACGAUCUUUUCUUAAACUAUGUGGUCGAUAAUGAUGCAUUUUGGCAUGGAUAUCCACUUCCAAAGUUCUUUCCAAAUAGUUCCCCUUGGCUGCACAUAUUGCCUGCUAGAGCUACACAUAGAAAAAUCUUUAUCUGAUACAAGUAUUUACUCCUAAACCAUGGUUUUAAUUUUGUAACAUUUUCACAGAUAUUUUUUUUAAGAAAGUUCUAUAAAAUAUGGUGUUAUAUGGAAAUUGUGACUGAAACUGUUGGCUUCCUUAUUAUGGUUUAUCAUUGGCCUCUUAAACAACAAAUAAAGUUUCAUUAUCAAACUCAGGCUGAAAAUGUUUUGUAAACACAAGGCCUGGAGUCUUCAGCAAAUAAAGGAUUUCAAAUAGUAAAAACUGGCUACGAUGUUUAAUUUCAUAUUGUCAUGUUUAUGUACAUGUGUAGUACAUGUGUAGUCAAUUUUUAUGCCCCCCUUCAAAGGAGGGGAGUAUUGUUUUGCAGAUGUCGGUCGGUCGAAAUGUAGACCAAUCCGUUUCCGGAUGAUAACUCAAGAACGCUUGGGCCUAGGAUCAUGAAAGUUGAUAGGGAGGUUGGUCAUCACCAGCAGAUGACCCCUAUUGAUUUUGAGGUCUGUAUGUCAAAUGUCAAGGUCACAGUGACCCUGAAUAGUAAAACGGUUUCUGGAUGAUAACUCAAGAGCACUUGGGCCUAGGAUCAUGAAAGUUGAUAGGGAGGUUAAUAAUGACAAGCAGAUGACCCCUAUUGAUUUUGAGGGCAGUAUAUUAAAGGUCAAGGUCACAGUGACCCAGAACAAUAAAACGGUUUCCGGAUGAUAACUCAAGAACGCUUAGGCCUAGGGUCACGAAAGUUGAUAGGGAGGUUGGUCAUGACCAGCAGAUGACUCCUAUUGAUUUUGAGGUCAGUAUGUCAAAGGUCAAGGUCACAGUGACCAGGAACAGUAAAAUGGUUUCCAGGCAAUAACUCAAGAACGCUUGGGCCUAGUGUCAGGAAAAUUGAUAGUUAGGUUGGCCAUGACCAGCAGAUGACCCCAAUUGAUUUUGAGAUCAUUAGGUCAAAGGUCAAGGUCACAUUGGCCAGGAACAGUUAAACGGUUUCUGAUCUUCUUGUUCAAAACCAUAGGGCCAAGGACUUUGAUAUUUGGUAUGUAGCAAAAUCUAGUGGUCCUCUACCAAGAUUGUUCAGAUUAUUUCCCUGGGGUCAAAUAUGGCCCCACCCCUGGGGUCAAAUGGUUUAUAUAGACUUAUAUAGGAAAAAACUUUGAAAAACCUCUUGUCCAAAACCACAGGGCCUAGGGCUUUGAUAUUUUGUAUAUAACAUCAUCUAGUGGUCCUCUACUACACAAGUGGUGGGGGGUAAUAGGAAUGGUCUCCGUCUGUCCUUCCGUCUGUCCGUAACACUUUCGUGUCCGCUCCAUAUUUCUUAAACCCCUUGAAGGAUUUUCAUGAAAUUUCAGUCAAAUGAUCACCUCAUCAAGAUGAUGUGCAGAACCCAUGAGUCAGCCUUGUCGGCUCAAGGUCAAGGGCACAACUCAAGGUCAAAGGUUUGAGCCUUCCACUUUGUGUCAGCUCUAUAUCUCCUAAACCCCUUGAAGGAAUUUUAUAAAACUUGGGGCAAAUGAUCACCUCAUCAAGACGAUGUGCAGAACCCAUGAGUCAGCCAUGCCGGCUCAAGGUCAAGGUCACAACUUAAGGUUAAAUGUUUGAGCGUUUGAUUUUGUGUCCGCUCUAUAUCUCUUAAACCCCUUAAAGCAUUUUAAUCAAACUUGGGUCAAAUGAUCACCUUAUCAAGACGAUGUGCAGAACCCAUGAAUCAGCCAUGUUGGCUCAAGGUCAAGGUCACAGCUCAAAGUCAAAGGUUUGAGCCUUCCAUUUCAUGUCCGCUCUGUAUCUCCUAAACCCCUUGGAGGAUAAUCAUGAAACUUGGGUCAAAUGAUCACCUCAUCAAGACGAUGUGCAGAAUUUAUGAGUCAGCCAUGUUGGCUCAAGGUCAAGGUCACAACUCGAAUGAUAAUCAUGAAACUUGGGUCAAAUGAUCACUUUAUCAAGAUGAUGUGCAGAAUUUAUGAGUCAGCCAUGUCGGUUCAAGGUCAAGGUCACAACUCAAGGUCAAAGGUUUAGGACUUACAUUUUGUGUCCGCUCUGUAUCUCCCAAACCCCUUGAAGGAUUUUCAUGGAACUUGAUCAAAACGCUCUGUUUCUCCUAAUCCCCUUGGAGGAUAAUCUUGAAACUUGAGUGAAAUGAUCAAGACGAUGUGCAAAACUCAGGAGUAAGCCAUGUUAGUUCAAUGUCACAACUCUGGGUCAAGUGUUUGAGCCUUCCAUUUUGUGUCCGCUCUGUAUCUCCUAACCCCUUGAAGGAAUUUCAAGAAACAUGGGUCAAAUGAUCACCUCAUCAAGACGAUAUGCAAAACUCAUGAGUCAGUCAUGUCAUCUUAAGGUCAAGGUCACAAGUCGGGGUCAGUGUUUGAGCCUUCCAUUUUGUGUCCACUCUGCAUCUCCUAAACCCCUUGAAGGAUUUUCAUGAAACUUUGGUCAGUUGAUCACCUCAUCAAGACGAUAUGCAGAACUCAUGAGUCAGCCUUGUUGGCUCAAGGUCACGGUCACAACUCAAGGUCAAAGGUUUGAACCUUCCAUUUUAUGUCUGCUCUGUAUCUCUUUAACCCCUUGAAGGAUAUUGAUAUGACUUGGCUGUAAUAUUCCAUUUAUCAAGACAAUGUGCAGAAUUCAAAAUUCACCCUAGCCAGCUUAAGGUCAAGGUCACAACUUGAUUGUUUAAUGGUUCCACCAAAUACCAUAAACCCUUUCACUAUCCAUAAUAAUGGCGGGGGAUAUAGCUUUCUUUUAGACUGCCUUGUUAUGCCCCCCUUCGAAGAAGGAGGGGUAUAUUGUUUUGCAGAUGUCGGUAUGUUGGUAUGUAGACCAAUCAGUUUCCGGAUGAUAACUCUUGGGCCUAGGAUCAUGAAAGUUGAUAGGGUGGUUGGUCAUAACCAGCAGAUGACCCCUAUUGAUUUUUGGAUCAGUAGGUCAAAGGUCAAGGUCACAGUGACCCAGAACAGUUAAACGGUUUCUGGAUGAUA